AUGUCUGAUGCAGCAGGGCUAGUAGUUGGGUCAAUACCUCAAAGCAAUGCCAAACGACCACGCAUCGCAUCGCCACAUUCAGGACGUCGUGUAUCCAAGAUCACUCGAGCAUGUGACGCUUGUAGACUAAAGAAAGCGCGUUGCACAGGCACGAAGCCGUGUCCUGCUUGCGAAAAGCGCGGCGCGCUGUGCUCAUACGAUAGUCAAUACAUGCGCGGACGACCACCAACUCCUCCAUCAUCAGCCUUGGCCCCUGAUCAGAACCCUGAAAUGCUCUCUGAGGACCAGAGGUCACCUCGGUUUCUAGACUCAGAGGUCGCUCCAACAUACACUGGGCUUAGUUCGAGGAACUCACCCGAGCUGCAUUUGACUGACGUUCAGGGUCAGUACGUUGACCCUACUUCGGGUCUAUCGUUUCUUGAACGAGCCCGAGAUCGAUUUUCCUCGCAUCGCACGCCAAAGGGACAUGUGAUUCAGGACGAAGACUGGAGCUACAAACAACAACCUGUCCUUGACGCGGGUGACAAGCCUCUGGCGCUUACAGAUGGAGAUUCUAGCAUGACGACAACACUUCCAGAUGGAGAUCAUGCUACCGAAUUGCUAGAUAUCUACUUCGAUGUUUGUGUCGCCACUUACAAGCCGCUACAUCGCCAGACGUUAGACGCAUGGCAUAGACAGACAUUGCAGAACGCCGCAGCUGCGCGACCACGAAUUCACAAUCUAGGGCAUGCGAAGCUGUCGACACUAUUCGCCGUCUUCGCUGUAGCUACAUAUCAUCGGCGGAAGACACUGGACUUCUCUCCGAACGAAAGCGAUGCCCUGUUCAAAGCAUCAUUAGAGUUGACGAGAAACGAAACUGGCUUGCCACGUCUGGAGUCCGUCCAAGCAAGGCUCAUUCAGGUGUUCUACCUCCUCAUGACGUGUCGUAUGAACCAGGCGUGGUUCACAUUUGGAACAGUCUUGCAGUUGGUUUCGUCACUUGGCUUGCACAGAAGGGAGAGGCGGCCUCGACAAGAUAGGGACUAUGUGUAUCGACAGUGUCAAAGACGUACAUUCUGGACAACGUACAUCCUCGACAAAUACUUCGGAGUCCUAAUGGGUCGUCCUCAGCAUUUCCACGACGAUGACAUUGAUCAGGAUUAUCCGGAUUGUGUCAACGAUGAGGACAUGACUGCUACGGGAUGCAAGAUCUCCGACGAUCCUGACGACUGCUUGAUCGAGGCUUUUGUUGAGAAUGCAAAGCUUGCCCGCUUAGUCGGAAUCAUCUCUCGGAAGUUGUAUCCUACUCGACCUUUAUCGACCAACAAGAGGCUGGAAGUGACGCACAAACUACAGCAUGACAUUGAUGAGUGGUACAGCUCUUUGCCAGCAUUCCUCAGCACUGUGAAACCGACGAGCUUGAUACGUAGCUUACAACGACAAUCGGUAGCCAUGAAGAUGGCACAUUGUCAUGCAAUCAUGCAUCUGCACCGACCCUUCCUGUUGCGACCCGCUGCACAGGACGCUGAAGCCAGUAUAAAACAAUGUGUGACGGCUGCAUUCACUGUGCUUCGCACUGCUGACAAUAUAGCGACCUCUGGAAGGAUGUUUCAUGCAUUCUGGUGGACGCACUACGUGACCUUCUGUGCCUUAAGCAUUACAUACGUCUGGCAAAUUCAGAGACCCCGAUACGACUGCGGUCUAGACACUGAACACCUCUUCAAGCUUGCUGAAAGAUGCCAAACGCACCUGGCACAUGCGACGGCGUCAAAUUCACCAAGUAGAAGAUAUAGUAUCAUCUUGGAAGAGUUGCGAGCUGAGGCUGGACUCAACUCUGGGUGUCAUCCUGCUACCGGGAUGAAUGAUGAUGAAAAUGCAUCGACCUCGAACCUAGCUUUCGAGGCUAAUCAAGGAGAUUUUUCUGCCGCAGCUAACUUAUUCGAGAGCUGGCAAAUAUCGGACUGGCUCGAUCUUGAUGCUCUUGCAUAUGGUUAUCCCAAUGGUUCCAGUCCAGACCUCGGCGGCGUUGAUGCUGUCUUCCAUUGA